AUGGCCGCCGUCCGUUCCGUGUGGUCGGACAACUUCGCCGCCGAGUCCGCCGUCCUCCUCGACGUCGCGCCGCACGCCACCCACGUCGCGUUCAACGUGCAGUACCCUGGCUGCAUCUUCCACGGCGACGGCAAGACCCACUACACGAACCUCACCGCUGAGGAGCGCUACGCGCUCGUCCGGGCGAACGUGAACCCCCUCCAGCCGCUGCAGGUCGGCCUCGCCGUCCGCACCGACGAUGGCCGGCUCCUCGCGUGGGAGUUUAACCUCUCCAACUUCGACAUCGCCUCCGACGUCUGCUACCGCUGCGCGCCGGACUCCAUCGCGUACCUCGCCAGCCGCGGGGUCGACUUCUGGAAGCUGAAGUACGAUGGGAUCCCCGGGUACAGGCUCCGGUGGCUGCUCCGGGACUCCGGCCUGAUCAGAGCCCGGCCGGCGUGGGCCACUUUCGCCGGCGCGUUCCACGUCGCCUACUUGCUCAAGAUCAUGAUCGGCGAGUAUCUUCCCACCAACCUCGACGGCUUCAUGAACCUGGUGCGCCAGAAGAUCGGCGCGCACGUCUACGACGUCAAGCUCCUGGCCAGAGAGCACGACCACGGAUGCAGGGGUCCGCUGAAGCUAAUCGCGAAACAGCUGGGCGCCGCGCCGAGCGUGGAGGCGGAGACGGCGCUUGCCGGAGAGGCUGCCGUGCUGGCGUUGCAGUCUUUCGAGGUUCUUAAGGACAAGCUUGGAAACAACACUGGCAAGUACAGCAGCGAGCUGUGCGGCAUCCAGACUUUCUAG